CCAGGGGAAUGUCGAGACAACAGUUGGCGGGCCCAUCAAACCGUCUGUUGGCCUGCUCGGAAUGCCACAAUGAUUCUCUGACGGGCUCUUGCUCAUAUUGUGACUCCUCCACCUCAGUUGCGAAUCCAACCUUCAUUUCCCCGACUGGAUCCACUUACUCCGCUGCUCAGUGGCCAUUGAUGACACUUCCCCACUGAUACCUUUCACAACACAACAAUAAUGGACGACCUGAACGGCUUGAGCUGGACUCCCAGCUCCUCCAAUGAUGCCCACAAGCCACCACCGAUGAAUACAGGCCUCUUAUUUCCGAGCGUCAGGCGAAAUGACACCUCUGGCCGAUCUACACCCCUCUCUGCGUCCUCCGGCCCAUCGAACGCUCCGUCGAAGUCUGCAACACCGGACAAGGACAGCUUCGCAAACCUCGUUUCCUUCAACUCGGCCAAUGCCAAUAAGAACCUUUCCCUUGUCGAGCAACAGAAGAGGCUGGAAGAGGAGCGAGCUAGAAAGGAGGCAGAGAACAGAUCUCGUUUCGAAACGCAGUACGGAGGGCAGAACACUCAGUUUUGGGACAGCUUGGAAAAGGGCCGGGGUAACGGAUUUCCCACAUCUGGCACUCCUGCCCAGCGGAGCGCCCCGUUACCCGAAGAAGAUGAUCUACUUGCUGCUUUCAACGCAUCUGCGCCGGUAGAUGCGUCGACAAAUUUCCCGGUGCCUAGCCCUAGCCCGUCGCCGCAGCAUCUGAGCUCCUCCCAGGCUGCUCCAAACAAUGCAGACAUGUCGCGGCCAACCAACACAAUGUCAUUCCCUGAUGACGAUGAUCCCUUCGGCCUCAGUCAACUGAAGCCCAAGCCAGCACAACCCCCGCAACCUGCACCGGCCGAUGACGAUGAUUUCCUUGGCCUGCUGGGCAAGCCUGUAUCCGAAGUUCCUCGAUCAGAGCCUCCUGUGAAAGCGCCUUCCCCCAUUGAAAGUGAAUACCACGCCCCGUCCCCCAAGCCGUUAAAUGGAAUGGAUCGGGCAGUCGCAGAACUUGUGGAUAUGGGAUUUCCUGCCGACAAAGCCAGCCAGGCUUUGCGAAUGACGUCAUCUGGCACCGACGUCCAGGCUGCAGUUGGCCUGCUUCUAACGCAAGCGCACGAAGAAGCCCGCCAAAAGUCCAAGAAUCGGCCGACUCCGGACGAACGCUACACUGAACAGCCGAGCCGAAGCAGGGAGCGCAGCGAAAGACCUGGGCGUGAUGUGCCUUCAUGGAUGCAGCAGGAGCGGUCCCGCAGCAAUAACCGAACGGGCUCGCCAGCAGACAAGGAUCCUUCGCAACUUGCAGCGACUUUCGGAAAUAAUCUGUUGAAAACAGCCAACUCUCUUUGGAAGACUGGCAGCAAGAAAGUACAGCAAGUGGUUCAGGACCUCAAUGCGGAUCAUGAUCCGAGCCAGCCCCGGUGGCUGAGAGAGACCUCUUCGCAUGACGAAUCUUCGUCUAGUGACCGUCCCCGGGUUGCUAGCCGGCCUAAAGCUCGUCCCGAAAUGAUGACCGAUGAAGCACUUUUGCUAGAAUCCGGUGGGCCUCCCCGUCAGUCACGCAAUGCCAUGCGAUCUGAAGAUGCACUGCCUCGCCGUCCGUCACGCAACGCUCUGCGAUCCGACGAUGUACUGGCAUCUCGUCCGAGCAGCAAUGGUGCUAGGCAUCAACCGUCUCCGGCUAGCGAAAGGCGUAUUCAACAGCCCGCGUUUAUGCAGCAACAUCCAAGAGCAGAAACAAGAGACCCCAGAUCCCGGUUAACGAAAACCGCCUUGGAGGAACAGUCGGCACAAGCGUAUGUCAGUCCUGCACGGCGGAAGCGCCCUGUUGCCCCAUCGCCUGCCCUGGAACCGACGGUCGACUUGUUUGAGAGCCCUGCGCCGGCGCCGGCACCGGUGCAGCGGCCGAAGCCCUCACCCGCACCAGCUCAAGCAUCACGGUCGUCUACGCCAUCUACAACUUUACCUGCACGACCCAAGGCUCCACCUCGAGCUGUACCACCAGUAUCUCCGGAUGCCCUUUCUACUACACACCGACAGCGUGGAACAGCAGCAGAAGCUUAUAAACGGGGUGACUAUGCAGCUGCACACGAGGCGUUCACAGCAGCACUCACACCACUGCCGAACAAGCACCCUAUCACGAUCAUUAUUCGCAGCAAUCGCGCUAUGACCGCUUUAAAAGUCGGCGAGCCGAAGGUGGCAAUCAGCGAUGCAGAUACUAUCGUGGAGCUUAUCGGUCCUUCCAAGGGAGAAGGUGAAAGCAUUGAUCUCCUUAAUGGAGAACCCAGUAAGCCAAUGAAGGAUUUCUUCGGAAAGGCAUUGAUGCGCAAGGCUGAAGCCCUGGAACAACUGGAGCGAUGGGCGGAUGCCGCACAGGCGUGGAAGCUGGCCGUUGAGAAUGGCCAUGGUGGUAGCACUAGUAUUCAGGGCCGCAACCGGUGCGAGAAAGCUGCUGGCAUCAGCAAGCCCGCAUCGAAACCCGCAGCACCCGCGAGACGGCCCCCGCCUCCAGCUCCCAAGAAGGUCUCUGCUCUGGACGAUCUGCAAGGUCGCUCGGCUUCAUCUGGCUCCUCCUUCGAGGCCGUGACUCGCCUCCGAGCAGCUAACCAAGCAGCGGAGCGUGCCGACGAAGAAAAGUUCGCCCUCUCCGAAAGCGUAGAUGCUCGUCUGGCAGCCUGGAAGAACGGCAAACAAGACAACCUGCGAGCGCUCCUGGGCAGUCUGGAUACCGUCCUCUGGCCCGAAGCAGGAUGGAAAAAGGUCAACAUGUCCGAAUUGAUCAUGCCCAACAAGGUGAAAAUCCAGUACAUGAAGGGUAUUUCCAAGGUGCACCCAGACAAAAUCCCCACCAACGCCACCACCGAGCAACGCAUGAUCGCCGGCGCAGUAUUUGGUGCCCUAAACGAAGCAUGGGACAAGUUCAAGAAGGAAAACAACCUCUAAUGACAUGCAUAUAUCUUGUCUCGUCCCCUUUCCCACAACCCUUCUUUCUCAUCUAACCACUUAUCCCUCACCACCCUACUAUCCUAUGAUAUCUGAUAUCUGAUCCUGAUUGAUCUGACCCUGCAUUUACACCCUGGAUCUUUCAAUCCAGAAAUUCUUUUAGCUGUCGUACCUAUCUAUCCCCCUUUCCCAUUGAGAUGCAUGCGCACAUACAAUUGUACAUAAAUAGAGCUUAUACCUACUUACCUGACCUGAAUUUACUAUCUAUGAAUGAUGCCGAAGGAGAUCGGUUGAUUUUGAUGUCGAUGA